AUGGCGCCGACGCUGAACCAGAGCCAGCAGCAGCAGCAGAGUCCGGCAGAGGCGGCGCCGCCGACUGCGCGGAGCAUCCCGGACGAGGCGCGGCGGCUGCUGCACGAGCUGGCGGCGGCGUGGGACGACGUGGCCGUGGCCGGGUGCGGGCUGCUGGAGCCCGAGGUGGUGCCGCUCAAGGGCGCCAUGACCAACGAGGUGUACCAGGCGCGGUGGGCCACCGCCGGCGGCGGCGCCGAAGCGGGCAGGGACGCGCGGACCGUGCUGGUGCGGGUGUACGGGGAGGGCGUCGACCUGUUCUUUGACAGGGAGGACGAGGUGCGCACGUUCGAGUUCAUGUCGCAGCACGGCCACGGCCCCCGCCUCCUUGGCCGCUUCCCCAACGGCCGCGUCGAGGAGUUCAUCCACGCCAGGACACUUUCAGCUUCUGAUCUACGUGAUCCAGAGAUUUCAGCUAUUAUAGCCUCCAAAUUGAGGGAAUUUCACAGCCUGCACAUGCCUGGUUCAAAAUCUGUGCUCAUUUGGGAAAGAUUAAGCCAAAGAGUUUGCUUGGAUAGCAUGGAGGAGGAGAUCACCGCCUUGGAGAAUGAAUUUUCAGGGGAAUACGAGCGCAUAAGAUUUUGCCAUAAUGAUCUCCAGUAUGGAAAUAUCAUGAUUGAUGAAGAGACCAAACUGUUGACCAUUAUUGACUAUGAGUAUGCAAGUUUUAACCCUGUUGCCUAUGACAUCGCAAACCAUUUCUGUGAGAUGGCCGCAAACUACCAUUCAGAAAAGCCGCACAUAUUGGACUACAAUAAAUAUCCAGAUACUGAUGAGCGGAAGCAAUUUGUGCAGACACACCUGAGCUCCUCAGGUGAGGAAUCUGAAGUGGAGGUAGAGAACCUGAUCAAAAGCAUUGAGAAGUACACCCUUUGCCAGCCAUCUAGUCUGGGGCCUUUGGGGAAUAAUUUCGGUGGGUUCGUCUUACCUCCAAACCAGAAUAGAAUGUAUCACCAUGUCAACGAUAUCGACUUAGACUACACGGAAUACGCGAGGCAGAGGUUCGAGCAGUACUGGCUGAAGAAGCCGACCAUCCUAACUUCUCAGACUGCUGAAUAG